CUCCCCUCAACUAAUCCAGCGAGAAACGGGCUGCCUCAGACGGUAGCAGUUCCCCCCCUCAUCGCCGGGGUCGCGCUGUUUCGUCCCGUCGCUUCGCCUCAACUUCUCGCCGGGGCAAGGGGACGACGACCACGACGACGACCACAGCCACGACCACGACGGCAACGACCAAGGUCAGCAGGUGCUGGUAGCGGCCGGCCGCCCGUCUGAGCACACAUCUGCGCGCUACGCUGCGCUGCGCUGCGCCGCGCCGCGCUGUGCUACCCACCUCCCGGCUCGUCCGUUUGCGUGCGAGUCUUGCCGGGAGCGCCACACCGGGACGGGACCAUCCAUCAUCCAUGAUGCUACAUCAACGACACCACGCCGCGGGCUCGGGCUCGUCCCUGCAGGCGCCCUCUAUUACUACAAUAACUGGCCGCUCGCGCUUCUCCAAGGCAUUGCCCUCGGUCCCCCUCAAUCUCCCGCUCCGCGACCUGGCCACCCCGCGUCCGCUUCCCAAAGACCUCCCGGACCUGCCGCCGCCACCGCCGCCGCCGCCCUCCUCGAACUUGAAGAACGACCGCGACGACGAUGACGCGAGGAGCAUAAAGACCAUCAAGAGCAUCAAGAGCGCCAUUGCCAGGAAGCCUGUCAGCUCGUCGUCGAGCGCAUCGAGCCUACCACCCGCCCCGCCCCCCAAGGCCGCCGCCAGAGUUCUGCGAAGCCCGACCGCCAGCAUCGCGAACCCCGGCAGCCCCUCGUCGUCGGCGCCUUCGCAUCAUCAUCAUACGCAUAGUAUCGCCUCGCCGUCGCCAAACGCCAUGGCGAUCCCCAGGCGACCUGUUGGCAGUGGUGCUGGCCCCGGCGCGAGCACAAAGAAGGUGAGGCCCAAGGCGAGCACCAGCAGCAUCAGCACGCGCACCACCAGCAGCGCGAGCGCCAGCACCGUCACCGUGGCCAGGACUAGCACGAGCACGAGCACGAGCGCGGCGAAUACGAGCGCUGGCACAGCGGCGGCCAUCGCGUCGUCUGCAUCGUCCACAUCGCCUCUCGACCACCACCCGGCGCAGCCGUCGCCCACCGACUCCAUCUCGGAUCUGCUCUCGGCGUAUUCGCGGGACCCGGAAGUGUUGCUGCAGCCUCCCGCCGCCGGCGCCACCACCGCCAACAAGGCCAACGGCGACCCGCCGCUCGAAUCCAAGGUGCCGGGAGCAUGGCCCGCUGCGGUGUCCACGUCACCGCCCGGCAGUGGUGGGGGGCGGUUCCUGUUCCCAACGCCGCCGGGGCGUGCAGGGAUGUCCGCAGCAGCUGAAACGCCCGUGACUCGGGCCAGCGCUGCCGCACCUGGCAGCGGCAGCGGCGGCCAAAGCAACCACAGUGCCCAGCAGCACCAGCAACAGCAGGCCAACGCAGCCAACGGCAUUGGCAGCGCCCUGCAGCUGGCGGGGCGCAGCGCUGCCGGCUCUGGUUCUGGCACUGGCACUGGUGCAGGCAUUAUCAGCACCAAGCUGCCCCCGAGCGGCGGCAGCGGCCACGGCAACAGCAGCAGCAGCAGCAGCAGCAGUCGUCCUGCUGGUGCUGCUGGUGCUGGUGCUGGCUCGGUGGCCACUGCCGCCCGCCAGCACUCGCCCCAGCGCGACCGAACUCUUCCUCCGCCUCCUCCGCCGUCCAAGGACGAAAAGGCAUUGCCGCAACGCCCACCACCCUCGCCCAACAACAUCCCCUUUCUCUCCUCCUCCUUCUCUCCCUCUGCCGCCCCCACUCCCGCUCUCGCUCCCAGCCCAUUGGCAUCGAAGCCACCGCAGCAGCCGGCAUCGUCGGACCUCCCGACGCCUUCGCCGCCCCGGACCGAGCUCUGGCGCCGCCGCCCCCACAAGAGCGAAGCCAGCCGCGAGCUUCCUGGGCUUAAGCUCGAUCACAGCCACGGCUCGACUGCCGCGACGGCUCCUCCCCCCCAGCCUCUUCCUCCCGCCGCCCCAUUCUCGGCGGCAAGGCCCGAGCCUGCUGAUAAGACGCCCAAGUCCUCGCAGCACACCACCAUUCGCGCCGUUACGUCUCCCUCGUCAUCGCCCUCACGCGUCUCGCCGCCGCGGCCCCCCGCCGUCGUCGGUUUGCCCGGCCGCAACGUUCGGCCUGCGGCCAAACUGCAGCCCAAGCUGCAGCAGCAGCAGACCCAGAAGUCUCAGCAGUCCCAGAAUCACGACCAGGUAGUCGCAGCUCAAGCCAUGGGCAACGGAGAGUCCAAGCUUAACCGGAUCAAGGGCUCUCUUCAGAAGCAGCAGCACCGCCUCCGCAAGACGAGCUCCUCGUCGCCUGGCAGGGACGUCGCCAGCGGCGCGCCUACUACUAACGACAACAAGGACCACGGCGGCCCCAGACUGGCUGCCCUCCGGCCCCCCACUCCCGAGUACCACAAGGAAGACGUCAAGUCUGCGCCUGCCGCCACCGACACAUUUGUCUCACCUGCGUCCCCCGCAUCCUCAUCACCUUCGCCAGUGUCUCUCCCUGCCGACUCCGCCAAAAUCCUCCCAUCGCAGCCGCCUCAAUCCUCCUCGCGGACGGGACUGACCCCCUCUGCCCCGAGCAUUCACGGGGCCGCGAGCCUCCAGGAGCUCAGCAGCAACAGCGUGCACUCUCCCGCAGGCAGCCGCAGGGCAAGCCCCGCUACUGACGGUGGCUCCAGUCGCACACGGGAAUCGGCCGAGUCGACCAAGUUCCCGCCGCGGACGUCGUCGACGCAACAAAACUGGCAAAAAGUGGUUGAGCCGCAACGGCGCUCUGCAGGCGACGGGGACCCGAGAAUCGUGCUCUCGGACACGCAGGGGCCCCUCUACCGCGGACGGGACGGGACGCUGUACCCAGAGAUGAAGAUCACGCGCGAGUUCGACCCCAAGGCGGCCUACUUUCCCACGCAAAAGACCAAGCCGCUGGAGCCCGGAGCCGUCAUCCCGGCGCGGCCGCUCCAGGAGUCGCACUUCGGCUGCUAUCAGAGCCACCGGUCCAUGAACCGCCGGGGCAACCGACACUACCCCCUCACGUGCCAAACGUGCGACAAGGCCGACUCGGAAGACCGGUGGGUAUGCACGUUCUGCCACCUCCGCAUCUGCGAGUCUUGCCUGCGGGCCCUGAACGGACAUCAGAGGGUGUUGCGCCGUCUCGUCGACGAGCUGGCCACCAACACGCCGCUUAGUCUGUCCUCCAUGUCCCGACCAGGGUCCGCACUCGGCAUCCAGACGGUGACGACAUGAGAAUCGUGGCCUAAAAAAACUGCUUCGAUUCUGAAGGCAUUUCGGGUCACACCUGUGCAUUGCUUGUACGCCUAGCAUCUUUUUCAUUUUCUUUGUCUUUUCGAAUCGUCUUGCGUGUUGUCAUGGCACAGAGACGAUCGGACAAAACUUAAUCAUGUGGAAUUACGAGUUGGAAUACAUGUAUGGCAGGGGCUGCUGGUUUGCUUUUGCUCAAGGUUCAGGGAUAGAAGGCCGAUAACACGUCGAUGAUACCAUUUUUCCUUUCUGCAUCCGGGGGCCUUUCAGGGUUGGAGGAAAGGGGACCCCGCUCGAGAGGGAUGGCCUUGUUGUUGGAUCAUGUCGGGAGAUGAUGGCUUCUGCGGAUGAAGCUGGAAGAGGCCAUGAAGAAACAGGUUCCUGGAGUGCCAAGCAAUCCUCCGACGUUAGUGGAUGCAUAGAUGAGCGGGCAAGCUAAAAUCAAAUGAAGAAUGACACUGGUACCAAGUGCUC